AUUGGAUUCCUGUGACUUGACAAGCUUGCUGCACUUUCACUCUGCUGAUGUUAAGGGUUUCCAGUACCGCAGGCCCAGCAGAAAUGUCACAGGGGCCAGCAGUGGACAGCAGGUACACCACAGACAUCAAAGUAGUGAAUGUGUCCUUUUUGUGGACCAUUGAUAACAUUAGAUUUUGCCUAAAGGAAAUAGAUGACUGAAUUCAAAGUUCAAGCUUUUCACCUGAAGGAAAUGAUCAAGUGAAAUGGUGCUUACGACUCUACCCAAAUGGUCUUGAUGAACAAAGCAAAGAUUAUGUGUCCCUAUACCUGGGAAUGAUCUGCUGUCCAAGGAGGGUAGCUCGUGCAAAAUUCACCUUUUCCAUUCUGAAUGCCAAAGGAGAGAAAACCAAGGUGCUCUCAAGUCCACAAGCUUAUACAUUUGUGCGAGGAAAGGACUGGGGAUUCAAACAUUUGAUCCUUAGAGAGUUUCUUUUGGAUCCAAACAAUGGGCUUCUCUCCAAUGACAAGCUUUCCUUCUUCUGUGAAGUGAAAGUAGCACAAGAUCCCACCAAUAAUUCCAGCCAGAAUAUUAUGAAGCUGGUUAAGGUUCCUGAGGACUGCUUGGCAGAGGAUCUAGGAGGACUGUGGGAGCGAUCCCAGCUCACAGACUGUUGCUUGUGUGUGGCUGGCCAGGAAUUCCAGGCUCACAAAGCCAUCUUAGCAGCUCGCUCUCCAGUUUUCAUGGCAUUGUUGGAACUUGAAAAGCAAAGGAGCAAAAAGAAUCGUGUUGAAAUCAGUGACAUGGAUCCUGAAGUUUUUAAGGAAAUGAUAUACUUUAUGUACACUGGAAAGGCACCAAACCUAGGGAUCAUGGCAACUGAACUGCUGGAGGCUGCAACCAGGUUUGGUCUGGAGCGCCUGAAGCUCAUGUGUGAGAACCACCUCUGCAGCAACCUCUCUGUGGAGAAUGCCGUGGAAAUCCUUAUCUUGGCUGACCUCCACAGUGCACCUCAGUUGAAAACCCAGACACUGGAUUUCAUCAAUUUUCAUGUUUCUGACAUCCUGGAGACCUCUGAGUGGAAGGCCAUGGUGGUGUCCCACCCUCACUUGGUGGCCGAAGCCUAUCACUCUCUGGUUUCCAUGCAGUGUGCAUUCAUGGUACCCCCAUGCAAGCGUCUGAGACUGUCCUAA